UCACAUACACAAUCUCUCAUAUGAAACCGAAUUGUAAACUGACAGAUCUCUACUUGCUAAAUAUCAUUCAUUAUAAACUAAGUAUAGUUUUUUACUUUAUUAAUUAAUAAUAAUAAUCUAUACGUUUGGAACACAAUUUAAAAUGCAGUAUUCCAAAAUGAAAGGUGUCAUAGAUGUCUUAGCCAUGCAGAGGGAAAAAAGGUUGAGUGUACAGAAAUCUGUUACGCUAGAUUAUACUAAAGCAAGUGACAGUUUUACAGUGGCCAGAUUUAUAUUCGAGUGUGGUCUUAAAUUAGAAGCCCAUCCUCUGACGCUUUCUACAGCAGCAAUAUUGUAUCAUAGAUUUAUGAGAGAAGCUACACCUCAAGGAUAUGAUCCAUAUUUAAUUGGAUCAACAUGUUUAUAUUUAGCUGGCAAAAUGAAGGAUAAUAAUCUGAAAAUUAGAGAUGUUAUGAAUGUAGCCUACAGUACCUUACAUCGAGGAGCUCCACCACUAGAGUUAGGAGAUCAAUAUUGGGCCAUGCGUGAUGCUAUUGUUCAAGCAGAAUUAUUAUUAAUGAGAAUGCUUAAAUUUCAAGUCAUGCCUGAACAUCCUCACAAAUAUAUGCUGCACUUUUUGAGAUCAUUGCAAGCAUGGUUUGGGGAAGAAGAAUGGGCAAAGUAUCCAGUAGCAAAAACUAGUAUGGCACUAUUACAAGAUUUUCAUCACGUUCCAGCAGUUCUAGAUUAUCCACCUAAAUUGGUGGCUAUAGCCUGCAUUAAUUUAGCCCUACAAAUUUAUGGUGUUGUAGUACCUUUAAUGGAUGAGUGUGAUCAACAUCCCUGGUUUAAUGUAUUUUGCAAAGAAUUAACAAGAGAUAAAUUAUGGGAAAUAAUGGAAAAAAUUAUGGGAGCUUAUGAUGAAGAACCAGAAACGAAAGAUCACUGAUUGUUUGUCAUUUUACUUCAAGUUAAUAAUAAAAUGAAUUUUUUAUAAGCUUCGAUUCUGACACAUAUAGUAAUAUAUUAUUAUGUGAGGAUGUAAAUAUUAUAAAUUUGAAUAAAAAAACAUUUUCAGUCGAA